AUGAUGGAUCGUUUGCUUGUGCUGCGUCUGCUGGGUACAGAGGAGGAGCCCGCCCCCUACUCUCGUUUUCGUGAGCUGCAGCAGCAGCUGCAGCAGCAGCAGCCGCUGCAGCAGCAGCAGCUGCUGCAGUAUAUCCUCGACACAGUGCAGCAGCGCAGCAGAACAGCAGCAGCAGCAGCAAACCCCUUUCUAGCUUAUAAGUGUGCCCGCCUCUGUACCCUGCUGCUGCGGGAGGGGCCCCCCCCCUUUCGUUCUCUGCUGCGGGCCCUAAACCCUAACCCCCUCAAAACCCUAGAAACUUUCAGGGCCCCUCGUCAUCCUAUAUUGGGGGACUCUCCUGUUGCUGCUGUUCGUGCGGAAGCAAAGACAGCGCUGGAGCUGCUGUUUGCUGAUCCCUGCAGCAGCAGCAGCAGCAGCAGCAGCAGCAGCAGCAGCAGCAGCGAGGGUUGGGGGGGCUACCGUGGUGGUGCUGCGUACGGUAGCAGCAGCAGCUGCAGCAGCAGCAGCAGCGGCAGGCUGACGAGCAUAGAGAACCCUAGUAGUGUUGUGCUGCAGCAGCAGCAGCAGCAGCAGCAACAAUAUAAAGCAGCAGCAGCAGCAGCAGCAGGAGAACAAGCUCUUAAGGCUGUUGCUGAUGCUGCUGCUCGCUAUCUUCCUGCUGCGCUGCAGCUGCGGCUCCCCUCCUUGACGUCUUCUCCCUUCAGCAGCAGCAGCAGCAGCAGCAGCAGCAGCAGCAGCAGCAGCAGCUACGGGGGGUACGUUGCAGCAGGACUUCCGCAUGCGCUGCCCCGCAGCAGCAGCAGCUGCAGCAGCAGCAGCAGUAACGGCAGGGGGAUUCCCUAUACUGCAGCAGCAAUACCGCACGAACAGCAGCAGCAGCAGCAGCAGCAGCAGCAGCAGCAGGGGAGAGUGGUGUGGGGCCUCUCUCAUUCUAGCCGCUACAGGCCUCCUGCAGCAGACCCCUCAACCAGCAGCAGCAGCAGCAGCAGCAGCAGCAGCAGCAGCAGCAGCAGCAGCAGUAUAAUAACUAAUCUUGCUGCUGUUGUGGGUGCGAGGGUGCGGCCUGCUGCUGCUGCUGUUGAGGAGUUUGUGCUUCGUGCUGCUGCUCUCGAUCCGCUGCUGCUGUGCUGUCUGCUGCAGCAGCAGCUUGCUGCUGCUGAUGAUAAAUGGGCAGCUAAACUCAGACUCCUCUAUGGCGUUAAAGCGCUGUUGCAGCACGAGCAGCAGCAGCAGCAGCAGCAGCAGCAGACAGGGGACCGCUGCAGCUUUCGUGCUGCAGCAGCAGCAAACCUGCAGCAGCAAAUAAGCGACUGCAGCAGGUCUGUUGCUGCUGCUGCUGCUGCUGCUGCUGCUGUAAGGGCUCUGCUGCAGCACGAGCAGCAGCAGCAGCAGCAGCAGCAGCAGCAGCAGACGGGGGACCGCUGCAGCUUUCGUGCUGCAGCAGCAGCAAACCUGCAGCAGCAAAUAAGCGACUGCAGCAGAACCCCGCAGCUGCAAUCCAUAGCGCAAGAAGUGCUGCUGCUGCUGCAGCAGGAAGAUGCUGCUGCUGAUGAUUCUGAAGCAGCAGCAGCAGCACCAGCUGCAGCAGCAGCAGCAACAGCAGCAGCAGCAACAGCACCUCCUGCUGCUGCUGCUGCUGCUCCUCCUGAGGAUUUACUGAUGCUAGAGCAGCCCGCAGCACCAACAGCAGCAGCAGCAGCAGCAGCAACUGCAGCAGCAGCAGCAGCAGACUCAGCUUUGCUGCUGGACGACUUGUUAGACGUGCAGCCAGCAGCAGCAACAACAGCAGCAGCACCAGCAGCAGCAGCAGCAGCAGCAGCAGCAGCAGCAGCACCAGCAGCAGCAGCAGCAACAACUGCAGCAGCAACAGCAGCAAAGCCAACGCAUGCUGCAGCAGCAGCAUCGCUCAGCCAAGAGCAGCAGCAGCAGCAGCAGCACCACCAGCAGCAGCAGCAGCAACAACUGCAGCAGCAACAGCAGCAAAGCCAACGCAUGCUGCAGCAGCAGCAUCGCUCAGCCAACGGCGCUCUUCUCGGGUUUACAGCUCAAGGAAGCAGACAGGACAGCAGCAGCACCAGCACGGCGCUCUUCUCGGGUUUACAGCUCAAGGAAGCAGACAGGACAGCAGCAGCACCAGCUGCUGCUGCUGCUGCUGCUGCUGCACCUGUUGCUGCUGCUGCUGCUGCUGUUGCUGCACAUACUCCUGCCUUACAGCAGCAGCAGCAGCAGCAGCAGCAGCACUUGCUGCUGCUGUCUUCGCUGCAGUCUCCGGCUGUAUCGGCGUCUGCAGCAACGCACUUGCUGCUGCUGUCUUCGCUGCAGUCUCCGGCUGUAUCGGCGUCUGCAGCAACUCUUCGCUGCAGUCUCCGGCUGUAUCGGCGUCUGCAGCAACCGCAGCACCAGCAGCAGCAGCAGCACCAGCAGCAGCAGCAGCAGCACCAGCAGUAG